AUGAAACGAUUUUUCAAACCGGUUUCUGGUUCAACGUCCAACACCAAUGUCGAUGAUUUGUCAUGGGAUCCUGCUGAGAGGAAAGAGAUAAUGAGUUAUCAUCCGAAUGAAAGAGACGAGAUAAGACGCAAAUAUCUUGUUAGAGGUCCAUGUCAACCUUAUGAUCAUCCUUUUAAGAAAACAAAGAUGAGUAAUGCAAUGAGGCGAUUUAAUCCAGCUUGGUUUGAGAAGUAUGAAGGGUUUUGUAACUGGAAUAAGCCUGAUAGGUUAGACAUUCAUAUGGGUAAAUCAUCCAACAGUUCUCACUGUUGUGCUGCUGAGAAAUGUGAUAACUUGAUGAAGCAAGGUCAGUCUAUCGUGCAUGCCUUGUUUAAUCAAGAUAAUGUGGGGAAGAAAGAGUAUCACAUUCGUUUAAAUGUUUCAAUUGAUGUUUCCAGAUAUUUGUUGAGACUAGGAUUGUCUUUUCGUGGUCAUGAUGAGUCAGAAGAAUCUGCCAAUAGAGGAAAUUUCUUGCAACUCAUGAAAUACACAGGAGACAAAAAUGAUGCUAUAAAACAAAUGGCUAUUGUAUUCCGAUUUGUUGAUAAGAGCGGAGCAGUGAAAGAAAGGUUUAUUGGAGUUGUUCAUGUAAAAGAAACAUCAUCUGCAUCUUUAAAGUCUGCUAUUGAUAAUUUGUUUGCUAAAUACGGGUUGAGCUUGAAAAGGCUACGAGGACAAGGCUAUGGUGGAGCAAGCAACAUGAAGGGGGAAUUUAAUGGCUUGAGAGCAUUGGUUGUUAGAGAAAACAGUGCUGCUUAUUAUUUGGAGCUUCUUGCAAAAGGCAAGAUAUGA